AUGGUCGAGCUGCGUAGACUCAAGGUCGCUUGCUCUGGCCUCGGCCGCAUGGGCGCUCGCCAUGCCCUACACUUCCUGCACCGCACACCCAAGGCCGAGCUGGUAGCCGCCUUCACACCAGACCCCAAGGAAGCUGUCUGGGCCAAGGAACACCUCGAGCCAUGGGGCGUCAAGGUCUACAGCGACUUCGACCAGAUGCUGCAGCACGCCGGUCUGGAGGCAGUCGUCGUUGCCACCGUCACCACAGCACACGCCGAGCAGUCGAUCAAGGCCAUCAAGGCCGGCAAGCACGUUCUGUGCGAGAAGCCUUUUAGCACAAAGCUCGAAGUGUGCCAGGACCUCCUCAAGACCGCCGCUGCCCACCCAGACAUCAAGGUCAUGUGCGGCUUCUCUCGCCGCUUCGACGCCUCAUACCGUAAUGCCUACGCCCUCACUAAAGCAGGCGACAUUGGCCGGCCCUCUAUACUCCGCUCCCAAACUUGCGACAAGUACGACCCCUCAGGCUUCUUCGUUGAGUACGCAAAAUUCUCUGGUGGCAUCUUUGUCGACUGCAACAUUCACGACAUCGACCUGGCCCUGUGGUACUUCAGCGCCGACUCCAACGGCAAGAACCUGCCCAAGGUCAAGUCUGUCGUUGCCUUUGGUAUUACAGCUCUUGAGCCCGACCUUGCCAAGUACGGAGAUGUUGACAACGGCGUCGGCGUCGUCGAGUUCUACGACGGUCAAAUUGCAUACUUCUACAGCUCGCGCAUGAACGCACCUGGUCAGCAUGACAUGACCGAGAUUAUCGGUACAAAGGGCAAGCUUUCCGUCAACUCCAACCCUACCACCGGACUCAUGGAGUCGCACCUGCCUACUGGCAUCCAUCGCGACAUCCCCCAGAACUACUACGAGCGCUUCGAGCAGGCCUUUGUCACCGAGGCAAACGAAUUCACAGACGCCGUCCUUAACAACAAGGAAGUCCCUGUCGACAUUGAGAGCUCUUACGAGGCUGUCAGGAUCGGCGUGGCGCUGCAGGAGAGUUUGAGGAGUCAGAAGAAGAUUUGGUUCGACCGCAAUGGCAACCAGACAGACGAGGCCCAGACAAAGUCCAAGUUGUAG